UGUGAUCCGUCAUCAGUCAUCAUCUGUGGUUCGACGUUGAAUUUCGUUCAUGUGUUUAGUGAUUGUGAUGUGAAAUUUCGAUGGAUUUCUCUGUAUAGUUUUUAUUAAUUACUUUGGGAUUUUUUGGUUUUAAUCACAACUAAAAUAGAAAGGUCAGUGGCAUGGAAAUUUCAUUGUUUACAUAAAUACUACAGUGAUAUUACGUCGACAUAAGUGCAGUCCAUUUCACAAUAGAAAAUAUUUUGUUUUUCUAGCGCUUACAACAGAAUACAUAGAACGUGGAGCAGUGUCGAGCAAAUUGUUAUGGGCGUGCGGUGAGAAGCAGAAUAUAUCUACACAAUGGAAGGCGAGAAACAGCAGAGUGCCGGUGGCGCAAACGCCGCGCCACAACACAGGAAGGGACACAGGAGACAAGAAUCAAUGUACGCCAUGACAGGCUUAUACGCGGAGUCCGGUUGCACAGAGGGUGCAACCGACGCAGCCGGUCCCAGCGCCCCACCAUCGCAUCCCCCACGAGAAUCUAUCAAAUGUCACAGCAGAAACCCAUCAGCUGGUUUAUGCGACAGAGAUCGGGAACGAGAGAAAGAGAAAGAGAAGCCUCACCAGUUAUUCCCAGAAAUAUUAGACAUUCCUCAUGACACACGAGACUGCGGUAUCCUAUCGUGGAGGCCGUUAUUUAUACAGAGAUUCUCUAGUAUUAAAGUUUUCGUAUUUUUCCUUUCGUUCCUGGUGACGCUUCAACAGGCGUUAAGCUCUGGGUACAUCAAUUCUGUGAUUACAACAAUAGAGAAACGUUUCGAGAUACCUUCCAGCCUCUCUGGGCUCAUUGCGAGCAGCUAUGAGAUUGGCAACGUCAUCACUGUAAUUUUUGUGUCAUAUUUGGGCAGUAGACGACAUAUUCCUGUGUGGAUUGCAGUUGGUGCCGUUAUAAUGGGUAUUGGAUCGCUGGUGUUUGUCGUUCCGCACUUUAUAGCGGAAGUGAACAGCGAAAUGCUGUCGAACAACAAAUCAGAGGAAAACAUCUGUCGGCCUGCCUUCCUGGAACAGGAUAUGGGAGGACUGGGAAGGUUGUCGCAAGGGCUCAGACCGAGCAAUUUGAGACCCGACAAUUGUAUUAAGAGUUCACCGAGCACAUUCGGACCGGUGAUGGUGUUCAUCGUCGCACAAGUGUUAUUGGGAUGUGGGGGUUCACCCCUUCUCACACUCGGCACCACGUAUGUGGACGACCACGUAAGACCAGAGUCCUCCAGUAUGUAUAUAGGUUGUAUGUACAGUAUGGGCGCUUUUGGCCCGGUCUUGGGCUUUUUACUUGGUGCUUAUCUUCUUUCUUUUCACAUGGACUCCCUCUCUGGUGGACCUACAGUAGAUCCCACUGACCAUAGAUGGGUAGGAAUGUGGUGGGGUGGAUUUCUACUCGGUGGUCUUUUACUUAUCCUUAUAGCCAUACCAUUCUUCUCCUUCCCCAAAGUGUUGGUACAUGAAAAGGAGAAAAUAAGACUGGUGGAAAAAGCAGCUGCCGCCAGUGGGUCCGGUACAUCUAAACCGCCACCUAAACCUCAGAGUGGUAUCAAGGAUUCUGGAUAUGGCAAAGAUAUAAAAGAUAUUCCUGUGUCAAUGUGGCGUCUUCUCAAGAAUCCCGUCUACGUGGUGACGUGUUUAGGCGCCUGCAUGGAGCUGAUGAUUGUAUCUGGAUUUGUCGUAUUUCUGCCCAAGUAUUUGGAGACUCAAUUCAGUCUGGGAAAGAGUCAAGCCAGCAUGUUCACAGGAUCUGUGGCCAUCCCAGGAGCCUGUAUCGGCAUUUUCAUGGGAGGUUGCCUUCUGAAACGUCUGGAGCUUCGACCGAAGGGUGCGGUUCAAUUCGUCCUGAUAUCAAACACUAUAUGUCUCUCGUGCUAUGCUUUACUAUUCUUUCUGGGAUGCGAUAACAUCAAGAUGGCUGGAACAACUAUACCUUAUACGAACCAUAGCAAUCUAGAGCCGUUUAAAGUGAAUCUGACGGCUGCGUGCAACUUCAACUGUUUGUGUACCGAAACUGACAUGGAGCCAGUGUGUGGGAACAAUGGGCUCACAUACUUCUCUCCUUGUCACGCCGGAUGUGCCGCUUUCUCUUCCUCGAGAUCUAACUUUACAAACUGCGCUUGUGUACAUGAAAACAGUCGGGAUGCAAUGGGCGUGGCCUCUGUAGUGGGCGGGGCAUCCGCCGCGGCCUUAACUGCGGGUGCGCACGAGUACAGCGAAGUCACGGUGGUGCCUGUUGCCACGGCUGGCGCUUGCAAUCCGCCAUGCACCACAAUCUUUCCCUUCUUGGUGCUGCUCUUCUUCAUGACUUUUGUAGUCGCUGUAACCCAGAUGCCUCUACUUAUGAUCGUGCUAAGAUCAGUAAGCGAAGAAGAGCGUUCGUUCGCGCUGGGCAUGCAGUUUGUGAUAUUCCGUGUGUUCGGUUACAUCCCGGCACCUAUAGUGUUCGGCAACCUUAUUGACUCGACGUGUCUUCUGUGGAAGCAAACCUGCAGUGGCGUCAACGGAGGCCGUUGUCUUCUCUAUGACAUCGAACAGUUUCGAUACAGAUACGUAGGACUCUGCGGAGGCAUCAAGAUAGUGGCGUUGGGGAUAUUUAUGGUAGACUGGUGGUUGGUCAGACGCCGCCGUCAUCUUGAGAAUGUCCCACCCCUUGACCACAAGGACAUUGCUGGCUCCAUCAUCAGCCUCGACAAAUUGUUCGAAGAACUGCCAUCAGCGGAUAACGCGAGUGGCUUCAGGUCUGGGUUGACCACCGGCCCUAGUUCCGCGAUCACAUCUCCAAUGGACCCAGAUAUUCAACCAGAACAUCACGGCACCAAACUACAGCGGACAGAUUCCCAGUACUCGCAGGAUUCCCAACCUCGCACGAUCGGAAAGAACUCAAGAGUUCUGGUAGCUUCACGUCAUCUGCGCAACGACUCCAAAACAAUACAGCUGGAGCCCCGCGGGAGGCAACACUCCUUGGAUGAACCUGAACGAUCUCGCCCCGUCAGAAGCGACUCGAAACAUUCCCGGGAUGCUUUCCCGCGCUCAACGUCACGUGACUUCAGCGGACACUCGAGGAACAGCUCCCGUGACUUCAAAGUCCACUCCCGAGGGGACUCCCGAGAUCUAAGCCUGGAACAGCUCAAGCAGCUGGCACUUAAGAGCAUGGAGAGUCUCGACCUCACUGUUCUGCCGCUGAGCAAAUGUACAGACGAAGAGAGCAAACGCCUCAUCGAAAGUGCGGGUGUUCUACGCCAUAGACGGACCAACUCGAAAGAUUUGAAACCACCGGAGACGAAACACAAGCGGACAUCGUCCCAUCACAUCACAAUGGAGCCAAACGAGCUCAGUCUUCAGAUACAAAAAGGUCGUAGUGCCGACCAGCUCUCGGUGCCAUCCAAUCCGCAAGUUUGAGAUGUCCUUAGGUAUGAGGAAGUGAUAGGUGAUGGGCUAAUGUGCUGAGUGAAAAGCAUCUGCUCCAACCUCCACAGGGAAUCUCAAGACGGAGUAUUUUCGUGGCGACAAAAAAAACUUUAGUGAAAUUUUAAAGACUAAAUUCGAAAGUGAGUGAUAACUAGAGUAAAUAAUUUCUAUAUUCUUCACUAUUACAUUGUUAAUUGAUGAAUGAAUAAAUGAGAAGACUGUACAAAUUAUUUCAUCUAAUAGCUUAAACAAUGCAAGUGAUUGAAAACCAUAUCUUAGUAGAUAUUAGGCUUACCAUUCAAACUUGCUUUUGGCAGUUCUGUAGUGCCGAUCGUAGGUACAUUUAAUCUAAAGCAUCUUUUAUUUUGUAUUCACUUUAGGAAAAUUUUAGUGCAAUCUAUGAAUAUGUAAAUUUCAUAAUGAUAAUUAUUUCAGGUUAAAGUAGUAAAUUUAAUAGAUAAUGUUAUUACAUUCAAAAUUACUAUUUGUACUUAAUUGUCUUAAGCAAUAAUUUCAUUUCAGUGUGAUAGCAGAUUAUAUAUAUUUAUAUUUUGACAUGUCCCAGAAAAUUAUUCACAAAUUACAUAUAUUUACACUAUAACAGAAAUAUUAAUAACACAAGGCCUUAAUACAAAAAACGAAGAUAUUCAAAAUGUUGGAUGCCCUUAUUAAAAUAUCUGGUUCAAUUAAAAUCUUUAGAAAGUACAAAGUAAAGUAAUUAUGUCAAAUUCUUAAGAUAAUGUCGUUUCUUUAUUUUAUAUAGAUUUUGUUAAAAUAGACAAUUUAAUUAUAAGAAAGAAUAAAGUGCAUCCAACUACUCGGCGGCGCACUUUUAUUAUACACUAAUGAUAACCUUUUAGUACAUAAUAUCCUGCACAAAAUAAGACCUUUUCAAUAUAAGAUAGUAAAUGUUUUGUUUGUUAGACAUUCCUAUAAAAUAUAUUUCCUUAGUGAUCAAUAAAUUUUUAAAAAUACUAGAGUAGAAUAUAGAACACCAAUACUAUUAUUUUGGAUUUCAAAUUAUCUAAGUGAUUGAAAUAUUUACGUCAUGCGCAUAUAGAAAUUGUUUUAUCAGAAUUAUGUCUAAAUUUUGUUUCAAUUAAUACAAAAAUCUGAAGAAAAGGAAAACAGAAAUGUAAAAAUUUAGGUAGUUAAACUCCAAUUAAGAUAAUCACUUCCAAUUUAUAAUAUCUUUGAGUGAUUCAUAGUAUUCUCGUAUUGAUAGUGAUCGUGAUGUUGAUAAGUGAGAAAGGAAAUUUUUUUGUUUUAUAUAUAUACUUCUUACAAACUUAGUAGCAGUUUUUCUGUCUGUUCUCACAUUGGGAGUUGUUAUAUAUUACAAAUACUAAUUUUAUGUCCAAAUCUACUUGAUUUCAAAACACUGGGGCAAUUUAAAAAAUAUUAAAAUCUAAAAUAACUUUUGUUUCAUAUAUUCAUGUUUUGUUAUUAUUUACUUAUUGGAAUUUAUAAUUAUCUGUCAAUUUAUGGGCUGAAAUUUAAAAUUAUAGACUUUAAUUACUAUCAUAGUGAUCCACAUUAUUUUAGUAUAUUUUUUUUAAUGUAUCACAGAGAUUAGUGAAAAGACAAUUGUGUAUGUGUAAAUUUUGUCUUAGUGUAAUUAUUAAUUUUAAGAGAGUCAUAGUUUGAUAUGAAUAAUGUGUUUAUCUAAAAAUGCCUUACAAUAGCCUUAAGACUUGAUACUGAUUUAGCUGUACUGUUGUCACAUCAAUCACCAACAUUAUUGUUUGGUAUUGAUAUCUAAACUAAUUUGUUGCAUUUAGUGAUAAAUAAAAAUUGCAUACAUAUUUUAAA